GCGGUCCUCCAGGUGGGCUGCCUCCACAACACAACACGCAGUUAGAAAUGCACUGAGAGAGAGAGCAGAGCGCCGCUGCAGCCCCACAGGAACCUCGAUCCACACGGUGUGUGCCAGCAGUGUGGUGUGAGGAUGAAGGAGGACUAGAUAGAUAGAGACAUGAUGGGACCGCACAUCUGAAACCCCCAAUGUUGCUGCUGCUGGACUUUCUAAUGCUACGGAGAAACUCAAAAACUUCGAGGCUUCAAGGAUGUUCUUCUCAGAUGGGACUCUCUCAGCCGUCAGUUAUGCGCUCCUGUUGGGAAUAACGUGUCUGAGCGUCCUGUGCGAUCUCACCAAGGGCUCUUCAGACUUCUCAGGCUACCUGUCCAAAGUGUUGAGGAAUUACACCGAGCAGGCCUGUGACGGAGACUUCCUGUCUGUUCGCUGCCCACCACGCACCACCAUCACCGUCCAAUCAGCUUUCUACGGAAGGAGAGGCGCCUCUGACCCCCAACAGUGCCCCCAGACCUACCAAGCCCUCCUAAGUUCGUAUAACAGUCGGGAGGAUGACCGAUAUUGUUCUGUGUCCACUGCACUACAGAAAAUGCUGGACGAGUGCCAAGACAGAAGGAGCUGUCAAGUCCUUGUCAACAGCCGCGUGUUUGGGACAGACCAGUGUCCUGGCAGCAGUAAAUACCUCAUUGUCUGGUACAAAUGCAGACCUAACGAGUAUAAGAGUAAGGUGGUCUGUGAGGAGGAGAGGAUGAGGCUGAGCUGCAAACGGGGUAUGCAGAUCGCUGUCUACUCCGCCAUGUUUGGCCGAACUCAACAGGGCACCCUGGAGUGUCCCCUGCACCACAGGAGGGCCCCGUCAGUAGACUGCCAGUCGUCUGUGGCUCUGCAGGUCCUGACCGCCCGCUGCCAGGGAAAGAAAAGCUGCCUGGUCCGAGCCUCCACCAGAGACUUUGGAGAUCCGUGUUACUCCGGCACCAGGAAGUACCUCAGUGUCAUCUACACCUGUGUCCCAAAGAAGUUGCUCCAGGAGCAGGGACCCAGACCGCCGGUGUACUCCCCUCCACCCAGCGCCCAUGACCCCAACAUAGUGGGAGACAGCCCUCCAGAGGGGAGCUCAGUCAAAAGCCCCGACAGUGUUCCAGGUAUUCGAUCGGCAUCGAUGGGAACACAACACCCAGAUAGGAAGAAGAUUAGGGAGACAAACCCCAACGAGGAGAAGUUUUCAGAAGCCGAAGGAGGAGGAGGAGGUGGAGGAGAGAGUCCACUGCGGCCCCCAGGCACCUCUACCACCAACAUGUCCCUCAUCAGCAACGCACUGGCAGCCUACACUUAUAUAUCAGACCACCCAGAGAGAGCAGCGCUCUUCUUCGUCUGCGGUGUGUGCUUGGGCCUCUUCCUCACACUCUUCGCCCUGGUGGUCCAGAUCUCCUGCCGCACCGACUGCCAGCCCCGCCAGCGGCCUCCUGCCAAGAAGCGAGCGCGCCCCACCGACUCAUCCUCCGACUCCAGCGACUCGGACUCAGACUGGGACACCACUUCAGAUCUGUCGGCGAGGCGGCACCGGCGAUUCGAACGCACACUAAACAUGAAUGUGUUCACAUCGGCGGAGGAGUUGGAGAGGGCGCAGAGGCUGGAGGAGAGGGAGCGAAUCAUCCGGGAGAUCUGGAUGAACGGGCAGCCUGACAUCCCCGGGACACGGAGCCUCAAUCGGUAUUACUGAGGACUUCAGGGGCUUUUUAUAGAAAGCUUACUUGAACAAAAUUUAGGACGCACUUGGGUUGGAAGAGGCAUGAGACACAGACAUGAAGCUUUAUCGUGCAAACUGACACUGAUGAGACCGGUGAAAGGUUUGGCAGACUUGGGACGAAAGGGCUCCCACUCUGCUGAUUUGCAUUCUCCUCUGGGUAUUGUAAGCUGUACCCCGUUCAGUAAGAGAAUAAGCUCCCUCUCUGCGUGGUAAGCUCACCUCUUUCUGCCGGAAGCACGAGGUGAAAGGCUACACCGCCUUGGCCGUGACCUCAGCACGCCUUUUUGAAGUGGGGAUUUAUGGGUUAGCCACCUUAGACACACAUAGGCCUGUAGAGACUACAUGGUGACUGAAGGACCAAGGCCUCAGAUGGCUCUGCUUUACACAGAAUGCGAGGCAGCUGCGAAAAGACUGCGACACUCAGAGCGUCACGCUCGGCACCCUCCAGUAUUCAAGUGUGGACUUAACAGAGGGGCCGCGUAAUGCAGGACGAAGCGUACAACGGGACAACGUGAGACAAUCUUUCCACAGUGAAUAACCAUGCUGCCUUUUGAACUUUAUAAAAACCAAAAGAUAUUUUUGGGGGAAUUCAUCUCAACCCUUAUGAAAUCUAUUUUAUAAUAUUUAAUAGUUUAUUGGUGUUGUGUAUUUUUGUUCUCAAGUAUGGUUUAUUAUGAGAUAUUUUUAUACUUGGCGAAGGUUGUCUGGCACCUCAGGGAUGCAAUCCUAGUGUUUCUGUGUUUGGUUGAUGUAUUUGCUUCCUAAAAAAAAAAGGGGGGGGAUCGGCCCAUUUAAACAGCUAAUGUCAGCAUUUAAAGAAAAGAUUUAGAAAUAUCAUAUAAAGAACCUCAAAGAGGUUUAGUGAUUUAACCUUAUUUUUUUUUGAUACAGUAUGUUUAAUUCACAGUGCAGUGCCUUUUCUAGCUAUUAAGUCACUGUUGUCACGAGUGCAGCUGGUGAAUAACCCAAUAACUGGUCACAUGAUUGAUCAUAUAUGUAUUCCCUUUUAUUAUUACAGUUGCUGUCUUGGUCACACGUUGCACUUGCUGUUCAGCCCAGAUGCAAAUGACCAGAAUAUGCCAGUGCAAAUUUCAGGUCUUGUGUCAACUUACUUCAAAGAUCCCAGUGCUACACCAGAUGUUUGUGGUAACCUCUGUUCAUCAUCUGGAGAAGGAACCAGCACUGGAGGAAAGGUUCGCAGCGAACGUGACGCCUGCGUCUCUUAAAUCAUGUCGCCAGUUUAAUAAAAUAAGCUAUUGUCAGUCCAGUUCUGUUUGCGCUGCCCUGGAUUCGAGCGUAGAGAUAUUAAUAGUUUUCAUAAAGAGCUUGCUAUUUUCCUGACUGAGAGUUUAACUUGAGAGCACACAGGACAUAUUAGGGGUCAUCCGCAUAAAGACUGCCACUCUGUAGUUUUUAUAAAGACAGUUAUUGUGUUUAAAAUUUGAAUGGGAUUAAAAUGUGCCGAUAGCUGGUAAAGUGAGACCAAAAUAUGACUCCUGUGUUUGGAAUAAACUGUGUUGAAAAAAAAAUGUUUUGUUUGAUAUUGCACAUUUUCUUAUGAGAUUUUAAAAUGUCACUUCAAAUAAUAGAAUAAUAAUAGAAUGUAUUUGAAUAGCACCUUUCACAGAAAUGAAAUUCACAAAGUGCGCCCAAAAAAUCCAGCAAUGAAACAUGCAAUCAAUAAAAACAAAGGAAAUAUAACAAAUAAAACAAGGCAACAAAAAGAAAGUAAAACAGAGCAGAUCGGGCUACUGAGGCCCCAAACAGAAACAUACCAGGGAACAAGCAUUGGACAAUUUAGGGUGGGACAAAGGCCAUUUUGAAAAGAUGGGUCUGGAGUCUGGAGCAGGGGACAGCCAGUAGAUCCAGUUCUGAAGAUCUUAAGGACCUACUGACAAUAUAGGGAUGGAGGAGAUCACUGAUGUGUUCAGGUGCCGGACUGUGGAGGGCUCUAUAUGCAAGAACAAGUAUCUUGAAGUGAAUGGGGGUUGACCUGUUGGACCUCCGUCUCUGGAUUAUUUGAAGACGAUUCAGGGAGGAUUUGUUCAGACAAAUAAAAAGGGAACUACAGUAGUCCAGCCGGGAGGACACAAAAGCAUGGAUAAUCAUCUCCAGCUCGGGUCGAGACACUUCAGGCCUGAUCUUUGUAAUAUUUCUUUGCUGAAUAAAACAAGUAUGGGUCAGUGGUUGAACAUGAUGAUCAAAAUGCAUGGCCUGAUUGAUCAAAAAUAACACCAAGAUUCCUGAAAUUUGACGUAUAGCUGACGAAAAGGGCCCAAUAUGGUGCAUGAUGCUUGUAUUCUACUCCAAUCAUGUACAGUGCUUGCUCUAUACUGUGGCACUCUGAGAUAGGAACUGCUGUAAUCUCAUAUUAAUGUCAUACUAUACUUAUACAGUAAACACACUGUACAAUACAGUCAUGAACUCCCAUGUGUGUUAAUGAUGGAUGACCUAUGGGCAUUGCUAGUAGUGAGAUUUAUUGGUGUUGCGUGCCCCCUAGUGGUGAAGUUAGAGCAUUUCAGGUUGUGUGUAGGAGUGUGUGAA